UCUAUUUGCGAAAUGCGCUAAUUACUUUUACGAGCCCGACGCUGAGGGGAAAGAGGGCAUGCAGCAACCCCAAGCGGCGGUCUCCGGUGCAGCUCCGCCCCAGGACCCACCGGACUCCGGCGGCGCCACCACGGAAGCUCCUCCAAAGCAGGUGGCUCUGGCCAUGGACCGACUGGCUCGCGCCGCCCGUCUCAUCGCGGACAUCCGGCUGGGGGCGGAUCACCUCCUGGAGGCGCUCUUCUUGGCCGCCGACGGCCCCCACCACUCCAACAAGACCAUCCAGAUCAUUCUCAAAGAAGAGGCCUCCAUGCGCCAGCACUUCCAAGAUCUCCGAGCACUCGGAAGACAAUUGGAAGAUUCGGGAGUGUUAAAUGGGUCUCUUAAAUCACGAGGUAAUUCUUGGGGUUUACACAUGCCCCUUGUUUGCCCAGAUGGUGCUGUUGUUGCAUAUGCUUGGAAACGUCAACUUGCUGGCCAAGCUGGUGCAUCUGCGGUUGACAGAACGAGGUUAGCCCUCAAGGCAUUUACUGACCAGAAGAGGCGGUUUUUCCCUCUCCUGGAAGAUGAACCAUUUGGCCAUUCUCAUGAUGGGGAAUUUGGAGUUGCAAAGAAACAAAAGACUUCCCACGGAUUGCCGACAAGCCACAGAGAAGAGCUUAAUGAAGUAAAAACUUUGUCUGAUAUUCUUACAGAUCUGGAAAAUAAGGUACCCAACAUGAAAAUCUUCACAUAUCAGCGCCUAGAUUGGUUGAAAAGAGCAUCCUUAUUGUCGUCCUCAGCAAACGAAAAUUCAAUAGAUCCAUCCAAGGAACAGAGCAUGCACAACCCAAACAAACUAAGAUCAGGUUCAGUUAAUGCUGUUGCUGUGGAUAAGGUCGCUGUCAUUGAGUUGUUAGUGCCUUCUGUUUUCAGAGCUGUGGUAUCACUGCAUUCAGCAGGAUCUGUAAACCCUGAUGCAGCAGCAUUUUUCUCUCCAGAUGAGGGAGGCAACUACGUUCAUUCGAGAGGUUUAUCAGUUCAUCACGUAUUUAGACAUGUGACGGAACAUGCUGACAAGGCAUUGCAGUAUUUUCUUAGUGUGGAUGCUAAUACAUCACUUUCUCUACUUCUGCGUUGGAUCUACAGUUAUCAAACACUAUUUACAAAGGUUUGCAGCAAAUGUGGGCAUCUUCUGUUGAUGGAUAAAUCUUUAGCAUUGCUCUUGCCUCCUGUUCACCGUCCCUACCGGCAAACUUGCACAACCAACUUUAACCAAUCCCAUUCGACACCAUCAGCUAAGGUCCAGAAUGUAGAUCUUAACAGCGCAUAUCAUAUUGGGUGUUCAGAUGAAGUCUAAUGAAGCUUGUGUCUUUUAUCAACUUGUUAUCUCAACUCCAUGGUGGACUACAUUUGUAUCUGGAGAGCAAUAUAUUUUCUAACCAAAUGAAACUACAAUGUUCAGGUGAUGUUGUCAAGAGAAUAGUUGGAGAUUCUUAUGUUGAAGAUUUGGUGUCUUCUCGAGCUACAUGUCUGACUAAGUGUAUCUGAAGCCCGCUUCUGAUAGUAGUCAAAGCUCAUAUAAGGUCAAGAAGUUAGUAACAGUUUGACUAUAACUACGACCACUGUCAUUUUUGACAGUUUUAAACUGUGGUUAGUUACUCCAUUGUUUAUAUAUCUUUUGAUCACGAACGGAGGAAACAUUUUAAUAGUUCUUUGGUGAUUAUGUCGUUCUGUAAUGUAUGCUCCUUUAGAUCAUUAUCCCAAGGCUUACAAUUGAUAAUGAUGCUCUUUUGGAUCAUUUCAAAGUUCAUGCAUGGGUAGUGAUUUGUUUCUAGGCUACCCUGAAUUCAGUUCAUUUGCUGAUGGUAGUUGGCUGUGUUUUUAUGUGCUA